AUGGAAUUCCAGUAUCCCAUUUCUCUCCCCAUUUUCAUUGCUACUCUUUUCUUCUUCUUCAUCAGUAGUAUCAUUAUCCUCAUUGUUGCUCGGAUCGGAACCUUUGAUCAUAGAAGCAAAAACCAUCCCCCACAGCCAUGGAAACUUCCUAUAGUUGGCAACAUGCACCAUCUUUUAGGAGAACAGCCACACCGAGCUUUUAAAAACUUAGCCGAAAAACUAGGACCAAUUUUUCAGCUACAACUCGGUGAAAUAUCUGCUGUUGUAAUCUCAUCUCCACUUGUUGCCAAAGAAAUUAUGAAAACCCAUGAUCUCUCUUUCGCCGAUAGACCUAAGCUUCUCUGUGCUGAGAUAAUCGGAUACAAUAGCUCAACCUUUGCCUUUUCCCCAUAUGGUAACUAUUGGAGACAAAUGCGUAAGAUAUGCGUUUUGGAGCUUCUAAGUGCGAAGAAAGUUCAGUCGUUUCAAUCUAUUCGUGAACAAGAGUCAUUCAUCCUUGUUGAACAUGUUGCCUUGCAGAGAUUCAAGAGCAUCAACCUUAGUGAGAAUAUUUUCGUGAUGAUAAACACGAUCAUAUCUCGCGUCGCGGUUGGGACCACAUGCAAGGAUCAGGGGACCCUUAUUGCGCUCAUUAAAGAGACUAUAAACUUAGCUAGUGGUUUUGAUGUGGCUGAUCUAUUUCCAUCUAUUAAAUUGGUGCAUCGAAUUAGUGGCAUGAGAAACAAGCUGAUGAAAAUACACGAGAAGAUGGAUAAGAUUUUGGAUAACAUCAUCUCCGACCAUCAAGAACGUCGUGGUGGUGGUGGUGGUGGACUGCAGAUCAACCGUGAGAAUGAAGAUCUCCUUGAUGUUCUAUUGAGGCUUAAAUACGAUGGUGGUCUUGAGUUUCCAAUAACUUAUGACAACAUCAAAGCAGUCAUAUUGGAAAUGAUUAGCGCAGGCACGGAUACAUCUUCAGUGACAAUUGAAUGGGCGAUGUCAGAACUAAUUAAGAAUCCGAGAGUUAUGAUGAAAGCACAAUCCGAAUUGCGUGAGGCACUCAAGGGAAAAACAAAGAUUCAAGAGUCGGAUGUUCAAGUACUAGGCUACCUAAAACUAGUGAUUAAGGAAACCUUAAGGUUGCACCCGCCUGUUCCAUUAUUGUUACCUAGAGAAAAUAGGGAAAAGUGUGAGAUAGGCGGAUACCAGAUCCCAAUCAAAUCCAAAGUUAUAAUCAAUGUAUGGAAAAUAGGACGUGAUCCAGAUAACUGGGUUGAUCCAGAGAGUUUCGUGCCAGAGAGAUUCUUAAGUGAUGAUGAGAGUUCAAUGAACAAGGUGGAAACAGAUUUCGGAUAUCUUCCAUUCGGUGCCGGAAGAAGAAUGUGUCCAGGCAUGUCGUUGGGAUUGGCAAAUGUGGAGCUUCCUCUUGCGAUGCUACUCUACCACUUCAAUUGGGAACUCCCGAAUGAAGCGGCAUUUGAAAGUCUUGAUAUGAGUGAAUCUUUCGGGGCCACUCUUAAACGCAAAAAUGACUUGGUUUUAGUUCCAACUCCUUAUAAAACAAUAGAUUCAAGUUUGUAUUUUUUUUAUUCAUACUGA